CACGGAAUGAUCACCAGAGAACAGUCUGAAGCCCUCCUGAACCCCCCCGAGGAUGGUAUGUUCCUGGUCAGGGAGAGUACGAACUACCCCGGGGACUACACCCUGUGUGUCAGCUUUGCUGGCAAGGUCGAGUACUACAGGGUCAUCUCCAAGAAUAACAGGUUCACCAUCGAUGAAGAAAUUGACUUUGACAACCUGAAGGAGUUAGUGAAGCAUUAUAAGAAAGAUGCAGAUGGCCUUUCUACCAGGCUAAGGAAACCUGCCCUCAAGAAGGAACUUCAAGGUCACCCUGAUGUGCCUGUAGAGGUCCUGCUACGGGGACCAGAGAUGGCAAAGUUGUACUCCCAAGCCAGGCAGCAGGGGUCACUACCUGUGCACAGCACACGGGUUCCAGUGGUUGGGCAGUUCAGGUCAGGAAAGAGCUGCUUUAUCAAGAGGCUGAUGGGAGAAACAGUCAGGAAGGAUGAGGAGGAACCCAUCACGGAUGGAAUCCACAUCAUUUCAGAUGUUCAAACCAAGACAUGGAAGAAGUCACCAGAGGAGAUAGACGAGUUAGCGGGACCAUUGCUCCAGACAGAGACUUCAACAGGGCAGGAAAAGGGUCAACAAACUCUGCCAGACUUACCAAGCACGGAGCAUCAGGAACAAUCUCAACCUGGUAUACUGAGCAAGGAGCACCAGGAACGACCUCUACUAGACUUACCAAGCAAGCAGCAGACUAACAUUGAAGACAGCCUGUCGAAAGGCACGUCAGGGAAACUGAAGCAAAUUGUCAUCCCAGACAACCUACUUGAAUCUGCGAAGAGAAUGCUGAAGGCGGGUAUUACUCAAGAUGAGCUUGGCACUGCCACGAAUCCACGUCUGUCCUUCUGGGAUUUCGGCGGGCAGGCUACCUACUACGGGACCCACCACUGCUUCAUCACCCCCCGGGGUGUCUACAUCCUUGUCAUGUCUCUGCUGCAGAAACUGUCGGACCCUGUGCCAGAUCAGGACUACAUGGCAUCUGUGGACAACCUGAGAACGGGAGGGGACUACUUGGACCACUGGCUCAACUCAGUUCACUCUCACACUCAACACAACAGAGAACGGCCUCCCGUCAUCAUUGUCCUCACACACAAAGACAUGGUCUCUAAGGAAUACAUUAAGAAGUAUAAAGAAGAGGUUCGAAGCCACAUUGAAGGGAAGGCGGCAGGCAAGCUGGUCAUGCCAGAAAUAUUUGAAGUAGACAACACAACUGAGGACGCAGCAGUUGACAAGAUUCGUGACUACAUACGGCAGGUGGCAAGAGACCUGCCGCACAUGGGCGAGGAAAUCCCCAUCUCAUGGCUUCAUCUCAACUCCAGACUGAAGACAAAGAGGAAAGAGGGGGAUCCGUUUUGCACAUUCCAAGAAGUAGUGGAACUUGCCCGAGAUCCUGACAUCAACAUCACAGACAGGCACACCCUCACCAUGGUUCUCACCUUCUUCCAUGAUCGUGGUGACAUCAUCUUCUUUGACGAGCCCAGUCUCAGUGAUGACGUCACCCUCCAGCCACAGGUGAUGAUUGAUGCCUUUAAGACCAUCAUCACAGUUCGUGAGUACCAACUAGACAGAGACAUGGAUCCAGACAUGAGAAAGAUGUGGGAGCAGCUGGAACAAGAAGGAGUCCUAAGUGACAAGCUGCUGACAAGAAUCUGGGAAAAGAAGGAUCAACAACUGGAAAAACCAUUUCUGCUCCCACAUAAGUCCUUCUUGAAGGUGCUUAUGGAGAAGUUCUAUCUCAUUUGCAAUGCCACACCUGUAGGUGAUGCCAGAAAGGAAGCCCAGCAGAAAGAAAUCUAUUUUGUGCCUGCACUCCUCAGCUGUAAGAGGGACAACGCCAAGUUACAUCCUCGCAACAUGCAUGUCUGUCCACAGGCGCUCUACUUUGUGUUCAGUGAGAAGUUUCUACCCAGCGGCAUGUUCUGCCGUCUUCAAGCCUUGUGUGUACGCAGGUUCGGACUGAAAGAGUCCUGUGUGUUUGCCGGGUGUGCUCGCUUCCCUACGGAUAAAGAGCAGGAAACAUUUGUCAUCACCAAGGUCAACCACUACUUGAAGGUGGAGCUUCUGUCGUCCUCAAAAGUCUUUACAGAAGGCCUGCGUGUCAGGAAGUUCCUCAGUAGUGCCCUGUUUGAGAUCAAAGAGAAGUGGAUCCAGUGUAUCCAGUACAAGCUCUUCUGCCGUAUCAAACAAAAGGGCAAAUGUGAACCUGUGUUCUGGGCAUUGCCAACAGGUGAUGGGCCAGUGGAACAGGAUUCAGGGUAG